GGGUGGAGAACUGCUGUUAGUUUGCGCUGUGUUUAUUGUUAAGGUUGUGUGGAUUAGCACUGCGGUACCCAGGUCCCUUUCUUCAUAUUGGGCACAAUAUUGCUUUAAGAUGAGUUAAAGAUGCGCGAUGUUUCCUGAGGCACCUACAGAUGAUGUGACUGACAGAGUUGAAUUUAUCAAAGACAAGGAAGGAACGAUGAAUGAAGGAAAGGUGAAAGAAAAACCAUGAUAAGGCACCAAAUCUGAUCCACACCUGCUUCCAAGGAAUACUCUCAUCUACUCCCAGUUUCCUCAGCUCAUGGCUAAUUCAGUGGCCUUGGUGGUCCAAGCAGAACUCUUACCAUCUCAAUCCACCGCCUCCCUGUCUCCUUUUCCAUCCCUUCUGGGCUCAGGGGAGGAUGGUGAUGAUGACAGAGACAGGGGGGAGCUGGUGGAAGGGGACAAGGGAGUCGUGGAGAGUGGAGAAGAGGUGGUUCUGGACAUGGUGACGUCCUCGGUGUCAGACCCAGCCCAGCAACAACCUGAGCAGUCAGACCACCCGUUCCAGUGUAUGGACUGUGGCAAGAGCUUCAGGUGGUCGUCCAGGCUGACACAUCACCAGCGAAGCCACAACAAUGAGAGACCCUACCGCUGCAACCUCUGCCCGAAGGCCUUUAAGGGGUCCUCUGCUCUGCUCUACCACCAACGGUCUCACUCAGGGGAGAAGCCAUAUAAAUGUCAGGACUGUGGCAAAGCCUUUAAACGCUCGUCUCUGCUUCAGGUCCAUCAGAGUGUCCAUACUGGAGUGCGUACUUUCUUGUGCCCCUAUUGCCCCUUAACCUUUAAAUGGAGUUCUCAUUACCAGUAUCACCUGCGCCAGCACACUGGAGAGUGUCCCUACCCCUGUGAUACUUGCCCUAAGGCUUUUAAGAACUCUAGCAGUCUGCGGCGACAUAAGAAUGUCCAUCUUGGUCUCAAGCCUUACACAUGCUCCGUGUGUAACAAAUCUUUUACUCAGUCCACCAACCUGAGGCAGCACAUGAGGAUACACACAGGCGAGAGGCCCUACGUCUGCACCGAGUGCGGACGCAGCUUUACACAUUCAUCAAACCUGGCCCUGCAUAGGAACUCUCAUUCUACUCUCAAUGCAGCAGGGAAGGAGGGCAAGAGGGUUGAGGAUGGAAGGGAAAGCAAUGAGAUAGUGGAGGUGGUUGUUGGCACAGAGGAAGUGACAUCGUCCAUGUUGACGGACAUGGUGGGAUUUGUGAGCCAGGAAGGGACUGAUGGCGUGGGGGUGGGGAUGGAGGAGGUGUUCUUGUCGACCACCUCAACCAACCAGAAUCCAAACCUUCUCCCCCAGCUCACCCUCACACCCUCUGGGGAGGAUGUUUGUGCAUCCAGGGCCAUCGGGACAGAAGUUCACCUGAGCACAGACACUGGGGCCAGCGUGCUUCUCUACAGCUGUGGCAGCUGCAGCCACACUUUUGGCACACGAACUGAUUUAGAGGAGCACCAGUCCAUCCAUAUGGCUCCAGGGGAGCAUGGGGCCAGUGUGGAAGCUGCGCCAGGAGCAGGAAUGGAGGUUGGGGACGGGUUGGUGGGAGCUGGUCACCUACUGGCUGAUUUUGAGGAGGUUGUGGAGACAACCACUGUGCCUGAAAAUGGGAACACAGCAGAGGUGCUCCUUGGGCUGACAGAAGGGGCAGACAGUGGCAACACAAAUGUGGGCACCACCCAGGCCCAGUUUGACCUUCUGCAGAGCUUCACCGAGGUGACUCAGAGCUCUGAGACUGUUCAGCCAGAGGCCAGAACCACAUGGGCAGGGCUGUCAUGUGGCUACUGCAAUAAGAGCUUCAAGACCAGUGGAGGCCUCAAUAGACAUGUGUCACUAAUGCACUCACUCUCAUCGCAGUCUCGUUCCCAGUUCAGUUGCUCUGCCUGCGACCGUUCCUUCCCCCUUCUCUCCUCGCUACUCACCCACCAGCACUCCCACACCCCUGAGCAACGCCUCCUGGCUGAGGCAGAGGCCGAGAUAGUCUGCCCUCCAUCCCUUUCCCUGUCUCUCCCCCUGCCCUCUUCUCCCAGCCAGGCUGACAAGCAGCAGGAAGGCCAAAGAGAGAUCCAUGUUGAUAUCAUUGCAGUGAGUGAGGAGCAAGAAGAACAGCCAGCCAAACCAACCAAACCCCCCAAAAAAACAGGAGCCAGCAAGAGCGCACAUGGUGGAGAGAGGCCAUACCGCUGUUCAGAAUGUGGAAAGGCCUUCAAAGGUUCAUCAGGGCUGAAGUACCACAUGAGAGAUCACACUGGGGAAAGGCCCUACCGCUGCACUGAGUGUGGAAAGAGUUUCAAGAGGUCCUCUCUGCUCUCUAUCCACCAGAGGGUACAUACAGGAGUGCGGGCAUUCCAGUGCCCUCAUUGUCCUCUCACUUUCAAAUGGAGCUCACACUACCAGUAUCACUUGCGGCAGCACACAGGUGAGAGGCCAUAUGUGUGUAAGGAGUGUGGCAAGUCUUUCAAGAACACCAGCUGCCUGCGGAGACACAGUCAGAUGCACUCUGGUCUGCGGCCUCAUACUUGCUCCAUCUGCUCAAAGUCAUUCUCCCAAACUUCAAAUCUCAAGCAGCAUGAACGCACUCAUUCUGGUGAGAGACCCUUUCAGUGCACACACUGCAAUAAAAGCUUUACACACUCCUCAAACCUCCAGCUCCACCUCCGCACACACUCCUCCCGUAAGGACUUCAAAUGCCCAUACUGCUCGAAGGAGUUUGUCAUGCACUCCUACUUACAGAGGCACAUCCGAACCCAUGGUAACAGUGUUCCUCUCCCAUCCCCUGGUGGUGGAAGCAAGGAAGGAAUUGCAGUGAAAGCAAGUGUUGGGGGAGUAACGACUACCACAACCCUGCUCAACCCCAUCACCCUGGAAGCCUCAGGAAACAGUGGCAGCCUGAUUGUGUCCCAGCCAGCCCUUAAUAUUCCCCCCAACACCUCACAGAACUACUUUAUGAUUCAGACAGCCAGCGGCCUGCAGCUCAUUCCUCUGUCAUCCCCGAUGCCCACCCCUCCACCUCCUCCUCCGCCACCACCUCCGUCCCAGCCUCAAAACUUCCUCCUUCUUCAGUGCCCGUCCAACAACGGCAGCCAGUCAAACUUGAUCCUCGUCCCAACAGCAAACAACCCUCCACUGGCUACGGAGCCUCAAACCCUCCCAGUCCUUCAGACCAUCCAGGCACUCCAGCCUGUUCUAAACCAAACACAGACUCAAAUACCACAGUUUCAGGCUGUGUCGCAGCAACAACAGCAGCAGCACACGAGGAUCAUAGUCACCAACAACCAUACCAAUGCAAAAACACCUGUUGUUACCCCACCACACACACUCUCAGCCAACUCCCUACUGACCAAGCCCAUAUUAGGGAAAAGCACAAGGACAGCACGUGGUAGACGAGGACGCAAACCCAAAGCUGCUCUGCAGAAAUGUGAAACAGCUCAAACUGUCAGUCAAACUGCAGGUGGAGCUGUGUCUGUGACCAACUGUAAUUUAACCAGUGUCACACCAACUAUUACUGCUGCUAACACAACCACAGAAACAUCACUGUCAUCUGUAUCCACUGUAUCUUAUAGUCCUCUCUCCACCUCUUGCACUUCUCUGUCCACUCCUUCAUCUUCUGGCACUGUGGUUACCUCAGGACUACCAUCAGCUGUUACCAUGGUUACACCAGCCACCACGGAGGCCACAGUAUCAGUUUCUACUCCUAUCUCGGCUGACCUUGAAGUGAAAGCUCAUGCUAAUUUAGGGGAAAUGAGGACACAGAAAACUGUAACAGGAAAGCAGUUUGUUUUAUGCUUUGAUAAUGAAGGACCAGCCAAGGAGGGGGUGAACAUCGGGGAGGGUGGGGAGUCAUACGUGUUACAGUUUGAAGGGGAUGCAUCAGGUGAAGCUGUGGAUGGAGGCGUGGGAGGGGAGGGGAAGUCACUCGUGCUGCAGUUUAAAACAGAUGGGCAGGGUGAAGGUGAAAAGGGUGAGGAUAAGGGCAGGAUGAUGUCACUUCUGCACAACUGGGGUGCAGAGAAGCAGGGUGAGCAGCAGACGGGUGAGGACAGCAGUGAGAGGGAGUCAUAUGUGCUUCAUUUCCACACUGAGGCGCAGGACACCACUUCUUCUAAUGCUCCUUUCAACCAAGGGCAAGACAACGGUCUGCAGCUUUCAUGUACAUCAGCCCCUGGUUUAAUACCCCUCAAUAGACAGGAAGUAGUAUUUGAACUAGGGGGUGAGACCAAGAUAGAACAUGAAGCCGAGGAGGGUAUGCAGAUGAUAGCUCUGAUUGAAGGUGAAGGUGAAAUGAUGGGGGAAGAAGGGGAAGGUUGCAAUGGUGCAGCUGGUAGAGUUACUGAGCGUGGAGGAGCCAUGGAAGGUAUCUUUCGACUUGAAGGAGGGGAGGAAAUUGUCAUAAUUGAGGUCAGCACCAGUAGUUUAAGAGAAGGAAGAAUAGAGAGAGGAGAGGAUGGAGAAAUCUCACACGGUAGCGAUGUCCAUUGUGAAAAUGGAGAGAUAAAGGAAAAGACUGUAAAGGAACACCACUCUACAGCCACUACAGAAAUCCAAACUGAAGACAUACUACAAAAUGGAUCUAUACCUAACUCUCAGUAGGUACUGUACCUAAAGUAACUGAAACGUGUGUAUGUUAAUGAGAGAAGAAAAAGAAACUGUCACUGAAUGCCUCACUAUUUGUGUGCUCAGCGUGUUAGCACUUUAGUCAGUUUGAGGUCUCUUGGAACAGAGAAAACAUGCAGUUAGACAAGUACUGUGUUGUAAUGCCAUGGUGCCACAUAUUAUAGAAAUGUUAUACAUUUAAUAACUAGGCUGUACAUAGAUGUUGGAAUAUUCCUUAAUAUAUUAGUUUAAAUUAUACUGUCACUGGCAGUUUGUUUAUUAAGUAAAUACUUUUUUGUGAAUAAAUGUACAUGGACAUUUUCUUCAAAAUGUUGACAGAAAAAAAUAGGUAAUUAUUAAUAAAUCUGAUAAUACAG